CACUGGGCGGAAGUUAGUAGCGUUUGGUUUCCAACAGCAACGCCAAGGGGAAGACGACACCAAUGUUUAAUCACCAGGGCCUGCAUUAAUUAAAUAACUAGUGAAUACACAAUUACUUCGCGUGGAAGGCAGCUUGUAUGACAGAUACUUAUAUUUAAAGUUUAAUCAUGUUGGGAAAUAAGGCUGCCACCACAAUUGGACCCGAAUCGUGGAGAAAUUCAACUCUGAAAGGAAUUAAACUAUCACAAACCAUAGUUCAGAAGAGUGAUAAAAGUUGUGAUGUUGGUAGAUCACUGGACCCUCUUCCACACCUUAGAGACACUGUUGCACAACUAAGUAAUGAUGAGAUUCACAGGUAUACAAGAGAAGUAAGGGUUAUUGUUGCUAAACUCCGUGAAAGUUUACUGGACACAAAUGAAGAAAUAAAAGCCCUGACUAGGGGUAAAGAGGCUUUGGAAAAGGCAUUGGAACACACAAGAAAAGAUAUUGCUCUGAAUAAAGACAGCCAAGAAGUCAGGGUAUCUAGACCAGCCAGAGAGAGGGAACAUGAUGGUGCUGAUGAUUUGUUGAAUGCAGAACGUGCCCAUUUAUUGAACUGUAAAAAAGCUCUUGAGGCCCAGCUUCGCUCUGUUCAGCAGCAACUUCAGGUUUUAGAUGCAGCCAGACGUCGCCUAUUUAAUGUUUUGAAUGAGAGAUCCCGUGUGAUGGACCUGCUGAAUCACUCCCUCUCCUCUGCCAGUGCUGGAAGCCAGAGUGCUCCCACAGGAUUAGGGAGGAGUCGUACCUCCAUGGAUGGUCGACUCUCUAGGUUAAAUGACCUGUCAGGUAAACUUGGAUUCAUGUCUCUAGGUCAGCCAGACCCCCUUGGGCCAUACACUCCUGAGGCUGACCAAGCCCUUGUGGAUGCCCAGGAGGCCCGGGCCCGCUCUGCUUACCUCAGACGUGAGUUGAAGGAUGCCAUAGAUAGAACUGAAAAACUACAGAAAGCUGCCCACAAGUCUGUUAAUGAUGGGCUUACACAGAAAGUGGCAGAAACCAUCACUCUCAAGCAACACCUUGGGGUUGGUCUGGGAGAGAAUCGUCAUGGUAUCCAUCGUGCCCAGAGAUGGUACGAUGCCACAGACAAGGCUAGAGGAUACACUAUGGGUCCAGUUGCAUAUUCUGAUAUUGCAACACGUGAGCGUUUGGAUCGUCCAAUGGUCAAGGUGUUCCAGAGACACCCAGGAACUCAAUUGCCUGAGGCUCAGGAAAUUAUCAGGAGUGGAGAUGGCCUGCUUCAAUCUCUGUCUGCCACAAGUCGCAACAUCGGUCUCCUGAAACUUUCACAACUCCGCCUCCGAAACGACAUCAAAGGAAAAGCCAUGGCUUCCUCCGUGGACGGCAGUAUCAUCCGCCUCCGUCGCAGAAAAUCGGACCAUCGAUGGACUCUGGGAGAGGCAUUCUAACAAUUGGGUUAUCUGAUUUCGAAAUUUUAUAUGAACUCUUGUGUCUUUAUGUCUUCAGCAAUCUUGUUGAUGCAAAUUACAGUAAUGUUUCAGUAUUUAAACUGAAAUUUAAGUUUCUAUGUCUGAUCAUGUGCACUAUAAAUUGAAUUUUUUAAAAAUUUUGAUAUUGUCUACAUAGCUUUUGUGACUUGGAAAGCAAGCACUUGAUGAUCGAGCCAGUGCAUUAGUAGUUUGAUAUGUUUUCAAUCUGGGUAAAUCUGUAUGUAAACAUAGUGAUCAUGUUUGCUUGAAGCAAUAAUAAAACAAUGUAGAAAUCAGUAUUAUAUAAAUGCAACAAGUUAUUUAUAAAAGCUUUUUUUUUUUGCAUGUACUCAAGAUAGAUUUUUGGUAGUUUACAUUUUAAUAGCUAGUGGUCUUCUCGUGUUUUGAAUUUCUAGGAGGAGAUUUAAUCAGCAUGUACAUUGUUUGAUUCCUGCAUAAGUCAGCGAUUUGGUAGUAUUGAAACAGAAUCUAUUUUUCACUGAGGAAAUGCUACUCAUCAGAGUAUUUUGAAACAGUAUUAUUAUAUAUUUUUAUGCAAAUUUUGCUCAACAUUGGUGCAUUAGUACCAGAGCUACAACUUCUGAUGGUUUGUCUACAAACCCCUGUCUACUGCUCUUUGUUGCUUUGUUUAGCAUCAAAAAUUCACUGUGAUACAUGUAUUUGUUUUUUUGUUUAUAUAUUUUAUAUAAUUGUUAAACAUAAUUUAUUGCAUUGCAUUUUCUUUUCUGCGUCACAUUAUAUUCUUAUAUGAUUAAGUAUUUAAUUCUUUUUUUGAGUGAAAUUACACAUUUGAUGGAAAUACUAGUAUACAAUUAAUUAACAUUUAAUUCUUUUACAGAAUUAACUUGUACAAACUCCAGAAAAAGCAUGACUUGCCAUUGUGUUUUCUAACACCAUUCUUUGCUUACGACCAUGUCAUUUCAUAUAUUCUAUAAAUAUGUUCAUUGUUGUUUAAAUAAAAAUAUGGAAAAGGUUUAAAAUCUAGCAGAGGUUGAACACAUCAUAAUUCUCACUGCACAGUAUUGUUAAUGUUUACAUGAGUGCUAUAAAAAAAAUGAUAAAAUUUCA